AUGUUAUGCCGGGUCUUCCCUCUGUCCCCAUCGUGUGCGCCACGACAGGACCCGUCAUUCUCAAGCUCCAACUCGCUCAUCACCCGACCGAGCGACAAUGUCAUCUUCUACAACCCGACCUAUGCCGACAUGACCUUGCCCGUACAAGGACCGGCGAACCCAUGGGACGAUCGCAAGCUGGAAAAGAUGAAUAGCGUCACAGGUGAGCGACCACGCCCCCACCCAUCCUGCGCAGAGGCGCCACGCGGAGUCACAAGUGGUCUAGCUCGGAAUGCUGACGCCCGAUCGCAUGUAACUUUUCCAGGCCAUGUCGAACAACAAGCCUACUCUGAUCUGACAUUCCGGACGCAACAACGUACCUUCCAUGUCCACGGAUACGCGGCGAAUCCUUCAAUCCUGCGUGACGAGGUCAACGCGAACGGUCUCCAGGCCAUCGUCGGCGACGCUCGCAAAGCAGCGCAGAACGGCAACGCGACCGUACACGACGUCAAGAUCUCACGCGUCGAUGCCCGUGCGACCAAGCGGAAACGCAAGGGCAAGGGACAGCUCGGAGUCUUUGAUGACUCGGACCCUGAACCCGAGGGCGAGGAGGGCGAAGGCGAGGGCGAGGGCGAGACAGAGCAGGUCGUGCAGGAUGACGGAACUGUCAUCGAGGUACCCAAGGUCAAUGCACCGAAGAAGGACAAGGUGCAAAAGGAGUACUUGGGGCCAUGGGCCGGCUGGGAAGGCGAGAACAUUGGGGUCGUCAACCCGAGCGAAGCAGAGUACGAGGUGCAAGAGGAACGAGGUGGUGCACCUCUGAACAAGAAGCAGAGGAAGGAGGUCAUCAAGGAUAGUGGCAAGGAAGUUGGAUUUGGGCAGGAGAAAAGUGUCUUCCAUGGUACGUCGAGUCGGAAUCAGAAAAUGCAAGUCGUUAGGUGAACUAAUCUCGGUGAACCCAUCCACAGGCAAGGAAACGCACGACUACCUCGGCCGGACCUACAUGCACAUCCCAACAGACGUCGACGUCAACCUCACGGCCGAAUCGGGUACGCAAGAGUGCUUUGCGCCCAAAAAGGUCAUCCACACCUGGUCCGGUCACACUAAAGGUGUCAGUCGGAUCAAGUUGUUCCCUAAAUCGGGUCACCUCAUCUUGUCGGGCUCGAUGGAUACAAGGGUCAAGGUAAGCACACACUUGAGAACAAGGUCUUUUUUUGUAGUAUUAACUGGGUACUCCCAUACUACAUUGCCAGCUGUGGGACGUUUACAAGGAAGGCAAAUGCUUGCGAACGUUCAUGGGGCACUCCAAGGCCGUUCACGACGUUACUUUCGACAAUGACGGCGCUCAAUUCCUGUCAUGCGCGUUCGAUCGUCAGAUGAAGUUGUGGGACACCGAGACGGGGGCGUGCAAGCAGGCCUUCUCGAACGGCAAGAUUCCAUACACGGUCAAAUUCAACCCCAACAACAAUAAUGUCUUUUUGGCGGGUAUGCAUGACAAGAAGAUCAUUCAGGUAAAGCAUCCCGCUCAUAAUCAUUCAGGCGUACGAUGCUGAGUAUCGGCUCCGUGUCUAUCCCUCUUAGUACGACAUGCGGUCCGGAGAGAUUGUGCAAGAAUACGACCAGCAUCUCGGACCGGUCAACACGAUCACGUUCGUCGACGAGAACCGACGCUUUAUCACCUCGUCUGACGACAAGAUGAUGCGCGUAUGGGACAUUGAUAUCCCUGUGCCGAUCAAACUCAUUGCCGAACCGUCGAUGCACUCGAUGCCGGCCGUCAGCAAACAUCCCAAUGGUCAGCUCUUCAUGGGAGAUCGAGUUUUCGCAGCGUGUUCUGACGAAUCCGUACGGUCUGUGCAUAGGCAAAUGGUUGGCGAUGCAGUCGCUCGAUAAUCAGAUUUUGAUCUUUGGUUCGGACAACUUCAAGCAAAACGUGCGUAGCUCAGGACGCCGAUGUUCAUCCGAUGGAGGGAGCAAGCUGACAGGUACCCUCUCUGAUCGGGUUUGCACACAGCGCAAGAAACGUUUCGCGGGACACACGAUCGCAGGGUACGCGUGUGAGCCGCAGUUCUCCCCCGACGGUCGUUACCUAUCUUCGGGCGACGGUCAUGGCAGUCUGGUGAUCUGGGACUUCAAGACAUGUCGCAUCGCGCAUCGGCAAAAAGUGCAUUCGCAGGUGUUGCUCUCGCACGCGUGGUUGCCGCAUGAGACGGUGCGUUGUAAACUUGUGACGUGGCACUGUGGCAGAUCUGAUGCGUACUGAUGCGGCCUCUGGUAUUUGUGUAUGGCUACAGAGUAAGGUCAUUACCUCGUCGUGGGACGGCUCGAUCAAGUGCCUCGAUUGA